AUCCUGUUAUUAAACCAACAGCUCUUCUGCUUCACUGAGCCACUCCCUCCCUCCCUGUUCGCACUCAUUGAUCUGAACUCCUGUGAGGAUCAAAUGAGACCAGUUUGACCCCCCCCAGGUCAUACAUCCAGACCUCUGCUGGACAAAGGCCGCUCUAUGGAUCCCCUUGCCGGACCCCAUCUGUAUUUGAAAAAAACCUGACAUACCUGCGCAGGAACUGGACCGGGAUAAGCUUCUGCUCAGGUGUCACCGGAUAGCCAAUAAGAGCUGAUCUUAAGGGGCUGAAGGCUCCCCUCCUCCCCCUCAGGUUGGACUGAUAAACAGUUGAAGGAGCUGAGGAUUCAUUCUGCUGGGAAAGAAGACAACAGAAAGAGGCUCUGACCCACUUUAAUGGCUGCAGAGGCCCAACAGAGGUGUGUCUGAUUAAAUGGAGUAGAGUGUAACACAAGCUCAACUUCUACAACCAGAAGACAAAUAAGGAACUCACCAUGCUCCUGCUGUGGAUUUCCAUGCUGUCAGCUUCUUCCAACACGCUUUCUGGCAGCUCCGUCUUCUGUCCGGACCCAGAGGACAGCAGCCUGAACGCAGGUCACGUAAUUGAUUGUCUGGGCCCGCGGUUCACCUGGCUCCACGCCGUCUUCGAUAAUUUCCCCUCGCUGCUGAGCUUUGUGUCCAAGCUGCAGUGUGCAUCAGGGGUUUGUCCUCGGGACUUGGAGGAUUACGGCUGCUCCUGCAGAUAUGUGGCGUCUGGGAAUCCUGUGGGCCCUCUGGACACCUGCUGUGCAACUCACAGACAGUGUUACCAGAAUGCUGCCCCCUGCAGGCGACAGAUGCCUCUGCCUCCUUAUAACCUGACCUGCUCUGCAGCAAGCAGCAGCUGUGAUAUUGGUGACCUGUGUCAGCAGAUGCUUUGUGAAUGUGACCGAGCUGCCAUCGACUGCCUGGCUCAGAGCCCCUACAACUGGACUCUGAGGGGCCUCACAGAUUCGUUUUGCUCUGCUGGAAACUCAACAGAUGUUCUCACAGCAGCAAACGACUCUGCAGCAGACGGGCUCUCCAACUCCUCCCUGCUGUCUGCAGGAGAGCUGGACCAGGUGAUGAUGGAAACUGUGGAAAACCGAAGUAAUCUGGCUGGGAUAAACGGCGAGCUCAUCACCGGGCCACCAGAACCAAACAUCCUCCUGACUCAUCCUGAGGAGUUUCAGGAAGGCGCAGGAGAGGGAACCCAAGAGGAGAUGAAAAACCAGAGUUUGAUCUCUCAAGAUCUGAAUGAGGCGGACGCAGAGGAAGCAGUCGAGUGGGAGGACGUAGCUGAAGAUCAGAUGACCCGCGGUCCUGCAGAAAUCAGCCUCGAUCCAGUUCAGUUUGUCCAUGAUGGAGAGACCUUAAACGAGCCGUCCUCCCCACGCAGCUCUGCCGGCGCAGAUUACAGGGCGAGUCUGGUGGCGACCCAGAUAUCGCCUGCUGACAACGCACCGUCUGUUCUGACUACAACAUCCCUGAGAACUACACCACCGGGUGAAGGUUUGGUUACCUUCAGAGUAUCACUGAUUUCAGCAAAACCCCAGAUCAGCUCGAACAUGGAGGAAGAGGAGGAAGAACAUGAAGACAGCAGUGUGGAGCGUCUAAUGCCCCCGACGACCACAUCUUUAUCCCCAACCGUCACCCAGACCAAACCAAAACGAAGCACAACGGCAGCUGUGAGAUCUUCAUCACUCACUGAAACACCUCUGUGUGAGGAGGAAGAGGAGGCCAACACCUCGCAGGAGGAAGAUGAGGCGGAUGCAGCUCAGAAGAGAACGGUGCCGUUCUUCGCCUGGUCUCUGCUGGAGUCCGUUGGCCUGACCGACAUCCAGCAGCCGGACGGUAAAGAAUGCAGCCACUCCUUCAGCGUUUACAGCAGCGACGGCCGAAGCCGGCGGGAGAUGCCGGCGCUCGGGGAGAUGCUGCGCUGCCUGACGGGACGAUGUCCACAUGAGUACGAGAUGUACGGCUGCUACUGUGGACAGGAGGGAGGAGGACAACCUCUGGACCAGCUGGACAGAUGUUGCUUCUUCCAUCGCUGCUGUCUGAAACAGAUCAGCUCGAUGGGCUGCAGAGCGAACAGGAAGCUCAACGCUCACAUUUCCUGCGAGAGCAGCAACAAACCGCGAUGUCAGGGCAUCACAGUAUGCGACAAACUGCAGUGUGUGUGCGAUAAAACCACAGCAGAGUGCAUGGCUGCAGCACACUUUAACCACAGCUUGCCAUCGCAGCGGUGCCGUGGACCUGCGCCGCCCUGCCGCCGAGCCAGCCGACCCCCCAAACCUGUGAGAGUAUCUCCACAGUCCAGUGAGGAGAGCCAACAGUCUGAGCAUGAGACCAGUUCCUCUGCCCAACAUCUAGACAGUGAUCAAGACGUAAUAAAUGAGAAGUCAGAUCCAACCGCUGGAUCAUCAGGUGCCAAGACCCCUCCUUCUCCUGCCUCCAGUGAGGAGACCAGGGAACCGCCGACGCUGAGUGUGAUUCAGAAUCAGGACUACCGACCAAACCAAGACCAACAAAUGGCAGAACAAGUGGAGGAGAAGGAGGAAGAGGAGGAGGAAGUAGAGGAAUAUGAACGAGAGGAAGAGGAAGUAGAGGAAUAUGAACGAGAUGAGGAGAAGCAUGAAGAGGAGGAAGAAUGAAACUAAACGGCAAUAUUUUGGGUCAGCGUUGUUUGAAACAGACCACAAUGAAGAUGUUGCAAUUUAAAUGCUUUAAUAGAAACAUUUUAUUUGAAUCUCUAACAUUAAAUUUCAACACAUUCUGAGACACGUUAUAAAGCGCCGAGGCUCUGCUGCAGCUCUGGUUCAGGAAAUCUUAUAUGUGCGAUGAGGGUGGUGGGGGGUUGUUUCUGGAGUAAGUGUUAACAAAAGGAGGAGAUAGGAAACAUGAAAGCCAAUCCUGAAGCCGCUACCUGCUUGUUUAGGCUCAGGUUCGUGUCCAGAACAAAAACAUUUCCAGAACCUGCAGAAGGAGCUGAGCCAUGGCGCCAUCUAGUGAUCAUAAAUCAUCACUGUUUAGAACAAAUCUGAGUUUGAACAUUUUAUAUUUGUGAUGGUAAACAGAGACAAGACAUUUAUCUCUAACACUGCCACAAGAAUACGAGCUGCUGCACCACAGGGGAACAAGUGAACAGUUUUGCUCUCGACAUGUUGCAGAUCGCAGUGGGAGAAAUAAACAGGCCCCAUCCGGGGAGGUGAGGAAACAUCUUGUGUACAGCGUUCUAAAAUAAUCUAUUAUGUAAUUAGAGAUUUUCAUUAUCUUAAUACGACCCACUGAUCAUUUAGAAUAAAAAUAUUUCCAACCAUC